CGCCUCGCACAUGUUGCCAUCCACUGCCCCUCACUCGCCCACGCCGCCCUCACACUCGCGAUCACGAAUGCGAAACGCGGACGAGAUGUCCAGAUCUACCGUCGAUUGGUCCAAUUGGCCGCGCAGAUGAACAUUCCUGAUCUGCAGCAGGAGGAUACCGAAUGGUCGACCAAGCAAGACGAGGACAAUCGGCGCAAGCUCACGCGGAUGGAGGGCGAGUUACGAGGGUACAAGAACAAUCUCAUUCGUGAGAGUAUCCGCAUGGGUCAGGAGGAUCUUGCCAACUACCACCUCGAAACCGGUGGACCUGUUCCGGAUCCCACGAAUGCCUCUUCAUUGGCAACCUCGGGCUACAACGCAGCAUACCAAGCUUACGGCAAGAUGCGAGACUACUGCACCACACCCAUACACGUCGCAGCCAUGAACCUGCGUCUGGCGUACACUGCAUUUCUUCAAGCCGUUCACGCACAGGCGACUGGCAACUCCGGCGCUACUCACUUCAACGCCGCCCUCAUCAAUGCUAACCGCUUGAGGUCGGCCGGCGUCAAGGAGGAGGAAGAAGCCAAGUUGCUGCCGAUAGUGCACGUCGCUGCCGGGAUCGCCAGUCUGAGUACGGGAGACUACCGUAGUGCGGCGCUGUCGUUCAUGUCUGCUCCGUUCGAGUACCAUAACCUGGGCUCCGUCCACGGCACGAAUUUUGAACGCGCCAUCGCCACCGCAAACGACGUCGCAAUCUACGGAGGUCUCUGCGCCCUCGCCACCCUGACCCGACAGGAGCUCCUCGAUAACGUCCUCGGCGGUCCCUUCCGCGCCUUCCUCGAGCAGGAACCACACAUGCGUAAAGCCAUCGGCCUAUACACCACCGCCAAAUACCAGGCUUGCAUCAACACUCUCCAACACUACUACAGCGAUUGGUCCCUCGACAUCUUCCUGGGUGCUAAUGCCUCGACCUCGUCCGCAUCCACUCACGUCGACCGCCUCUUCGAACGAAUCCGCGAACGCAGUCUGACUGCUUACUUUUCUUCCUUCUCCGAGGUCAGCCUCGCCUCUCUGGCAUCGACCUUUCCACCUCUCUCUUCAGCGCCGAAUGCCAUGGAAAACGAGGUUUUGGGCAUGAUCAAGAGCGGAGCGUUGGAUGCGCGGCUGGACGCGGUCAACGGGGUCCUUGUCGCGCCGAGGAAAGAGCCACGACAGGCGGCACACGCGGAGGCAAAGAAGACGGCGGAGGACAUCGAGCGGACACUAUUACUGAGACUGCACAAAGUCAACGUGGUGCUGGCAGGGUUGGACAUUCCGAAGCAGAAGGGUGGAGAGCAAUGGCUUUCGCGAGGGAACUCGUAUCAGUGA